UCAAAGCUUGAAUCACAGGAACUAGAAAUUGAUGAAUAAAAAGUAGCUGAAAGAUGGCGGCGCUCAAAGAAGUUGUGUCAUUAUAUCAAACUUUAAAACACGAAUGGACGAAAAAACCAUGCAAUUUACAACAAUGUGGUCAACUGUUGAACAAAUUAAAGAUUGGGUUGACGCAGUUGAUGUUCCUACCAACAUCGAACAGCAGCGCAUCACAGAAGGAGCUUCUGAUUGCUCGUGAUAUCCUUGAGAUUGGAGCACAAUGGAGUAUUGCCACUGAAGAUAUACCAUCAUUUGAGCGUUACAUGGCACAAUUAAAAUGUUAUUAUUUUGACUACAAGCUUGAGUUGCCAGAAUCUGCGUACAAAUAUCAACUUUUAGGAUUGAAUCUUCUCUUCCUAUUGUCACAAAAUAGAGUAGCAGAAUUUCACACAGAAUUGGAACUUUUACCUUCUGAUCAAAUACAAUCUGAUGUUUACAUAAGGCACCCGCUCAGUUUGGAACAGUAUUUGAUGGAAGGAUCUUACAACAAGAUAUUUCUUGCCAAAGGAAACGUACCUGCAGCAUCUUACAACUUUUUCAUUGACAUUUUAUUGAACACAAUCCGUGAUGAAAUUGGAGCUUGUAUGGAAAAUGCGUACGACAAAAUAUCUCUGAAAGAUGCUCUCAGGAUGUUGAACUUAACUACUGAAAAAGAAAUAAAGGCAUUUGGGACAAAGAAGAAUUGGAAUCUGGGUAAAGAUGGGUACUUUCACUUUGGUUUACCGAAUGAAAAGAAAUCCGAGGAACCCAUUCCUAGCUCGGAUUUGGCAACUUUAGCGAUAGACUAUGCAAGAGAAUUGGAAAUGAUUGUGUGAAUCUGAUAAUUAUCAAAAACUUUAUUGAAGGAUUAUUGCUAUACUUAAUGUACUUUGAAAUUUGUAUUAAAAACUAUUAAAAAAAUGACGGAUGAAAGAGGUACAGAAAAUAGAA